AUGGCCACAGUACUCGGGAUGAUGAUGCUCUCCAGCAGUUCUACAUACAUCAUGACUUCGACAGUGCACAAGGGUCAACUCGCUUCUAAGGCCGAUCAUCAAUUGGCACAAGACUGGGAGGCACUCAAAGGACACCCAGCCGAACAAUUGCUGCUUCGCUACAAGGAUGUAGUUUUCCGCUCUCAGCUCCCAACGAUACCACCAACUCGUUCUGAUGACAUACGAGCUGAGAUCGAGCUAGUCGACGACACUCCUGUAGCUCGAAAGCAGUUCAGACUAAGUGAGGAGAUGAAAAAGGCGAUUCGAGACUGGACCGACGAGAUGUUGAAAGCUGGAAUCAUACGGCCCUCAAAGUCACCGUACGCGGCACCGACAUUCUGCGUGAGAAAGGCAGUUGGUUGGCGUGUGGUUCAUGAUUUCCGAGGCAUCAACGUAAAAAUCCGCUUGCCCUCGACGCCUGUACCCCGAAAGGAAGAUAUUUUUGAUGCAAUGCGUCGUGGCAAGAUGUUCUCAGCCAUGGACCUGCUAUGGGGCUUCUUUCAAGUCCGCUUACGAACCGAAGACAUCCCUUACACCGCCUUCACAACGCCGAAUGGGCUUUUCGAGUAUUUGGUCACCCCAAUGGGCCUCUCCUGUAGUCCUGCUGCGUUCAAUCGCCUGAUCCAGAAAGUUUUUGCCGAUCAGAGCAGCUUCUGCAAGGCAUAUUUUGACGAUUUGUUUGUCUACCCCGAGACAAAUCAUGUGGAAGAUCACCUUGUUGCCCUCGAAAAGGUUUUAGAGAGGUGCAAGGCAGAACAACUUUACGUCAAACUCUCGAAGUGUACAUUCUGUGCAUCAGAAAUUCCUUGUCUGGGCGAUUUCAUCGGUAGUCGUGGUAUUCGGAUGGACCCCGACAAGAUAAGAGUGAUCCAGAAUUGGCCUACGCCUCGCUCAAAACGUGAACUCCAGUCGUUCCUCGGCACCAGUGUAAACGAGCAGCUCCAGUUCAACGAGCAGCACCGAAAGUGCUUUGAAGAACUCAAGCGUAGACUAUCGCAACCGCCAGGUCUCGCUCAUCCUGACUUCGAUCGAAUGUUUUGCGUGAAAAUGGAUGCAUCAGACUUCGCUGUAGGAGGAUACUUGUACCAGCUUGAUGACGAAGGUGGAGAACAAAUUAUUGCUUAUGGCGGCAGAAAGCACAGCGAAGCGGAACUGAAAUACCCAACUCGCGAAAAAGAGCUUCUCGUAGCUCUGUUUGCAAUGCGCACGUGGCAUGUGUACUUAAUUGAUAAACCUUUCAUGAUCAACACGGACCAUCGCAUACUGGAAACGAGUCUUCAGCAGAAAACGUGUUCGCAGCGGCUGGCAAGAUGGCUCAACGAGCUUGGAAUGUACCAACCGUUGUUUAAAUGGAUCAAAGGGGACACUAACGUGGUAGCUGACUUCAGCUCUCGCAAUCCCGACUGGAAGCAGGACUCAACCGCUAUUUCUCUCGCUGCACUAUUAAAACACAUCAGUAACGGCAACGAGAGCAGCGGUGUCGCAACCCACUUAGAGCGAUGCCACCAACCACGGAUUCGGACACGCGUGACGAACGCCCUCACCAGCGCCCACGCACGAAUCCGCGAGGGACGCUAUGGGAUGUACCCCCGGCCAGCUACCCCGCCGCCUACGACGACUGAGCAAGGCGAACAAGGACCCUCGGCACAAGACCCCACAGCACAAGGCUCAUCAACGCAGCCAUCUUCCGCGCAGGCUACUUUAACGCCUGAAAUGUUGGCGCAGUUAUUGCAGCACACCCUGCAAACUACGCAACAACAAGCGACGCAGAUGACACAACUCUUGGCUCAGACGACGCAGAUCCAGCAACAGAUUGUGCGAGCUCAAACUUGUCCAAGACCAUCUCGCAAGAAGGCCGACCCGCCACGCUUCGACGGCAGCGAUCAGGAUGACCUGGAGCUAUGGAUUUUCAGCACAGAGCAGUAUUACUCCGAGUUCCGUACCGAGAUGCACGAGUUUUCCUCCAAUUUUUCCGAUAUGGCCUUUGCCAACCUCGGUACGGACGCACAAGCAUGGUACCGUGAUGUGAAGAUCUCGCUAGGUGCCAGUCCAUUUACAUGGGGUGUCUUCAAAGAGCGUAUCCGUGCUCGAUUCCGCGACAAGGACUUCAAGUACAAAACGCUGACGAAGAUGUAUGAGCUGAACCCUGGCAAGUCGCAGCAGGAGUACACCUCGCGGUUCUUACAUCUCCUCUCACAAGUGGAUACAGAACUGCCCGAAGUCGUCAAGCACUGGUUUUUCCAGCAGAAUCUGCGCACCAACACUAGUGGAUACAUCUCGCAAAACAUCCCCGAGACGCUAGAGAAAGCCAUCGAGUUAGCUCAGCGCUAUGAGGACGCCAAGCCCGCUAACACGCGGCCUCCUGCAAAGGAGCCGGCGAAACAGAACGCCAAAACAAACAACAGCAGUUCCAGCAACAGCAAGUCGAACAAAGUCGCCUCUAAGGAUAAUCCGGUCAAACGAUGCAACUACUGCAAAAGGAAAAACCACACAGAGGACGAGUGCCGUACGAAGGCUCGCGACGUCACUGCUGAUGCUGAAUCUGGGCCGCCAAAAAACGGUCCAGCUCGGAACUCGAAGCGACUAGCAUUUCAUUCGGACAAACUAUACUGCUACCUGGCCCAGAACGCACGAAUUCACGACCGUGUUGCUCAGUGUUUCGUGGACAGUGGGUCAUCCUUCAACGCAAUCUCACCGAAGCUGGCUCACAAGCUAAACGUUCAAGUGAAACAAUGCUCAGAACCGCUAUCAGUGAAGAUCGGAAACAAUCGGCGCAUCACAAUUCCACGCAGACAAGCUGUUGUUACUGUUGAUAUUGAAGGUUUCCCCGAGUACAAGUCGCCUGUGUACGUAAUGCCAGUCCCCGAGAACAAGGAUAUGCUACUCGGCUGGCCAUGGCUUGAACAAGUGAACCCUGACAUCGACUGGACCAACCGAACAAUAUCGUUUCGCAGUGAUACACAGUCGUCCGUUGUGUCCUUCAGGCAGUGCCUACGACACGCCCCAGCUCGAAAAGCAGGUCGACGACGUCUCCGAAAUGGCCACAGUACUCGGGAUGAUGAUGCUCUCCAGCAGUUCUACAUACAUCAUGACUUCGACAGUGCACAAGGGUCAACUCGCGUAGUACCUGCGAAAAAGCUGAAGAAACUACUGCGAGAAGAAGACAACGAAUUUUGCUCCGUGAUUCAACAUGAUCCUGACAGUUCUAAGGCCGAUCAUCAAUUGGCACAAGACUGGGAGGCACUCAAAGGACACCCAGCCGAACAAUUGCUGCUUCGCUACAAGGAUGUAGUUUUCCGCUCUCAGCUCCCAACGAUACCACCAACUCGUUCUGAUGACAUACGAGCUGAGAUCGAGCUAGUCGACGACACUCCUGUAGCUCGAAAGCAGUUCAGACUAAGUGAGGAGAUGAAAAAGGCGAUUCGAGACUGGACCGACGAGAUGUUGAAAGCUGGAAUCAUACGGCCCUCAAAGUCACCGUACGCGGCACCGACAUUCUGCUUCUGGACAAAACUACUGGAGUUGCAAGACACCAAGUUAAAACCCAGCAGCGCCUUCAAACGUUCAACGGACGGCCAAACGGAGAUUACGAAUCGUUACCUUGGAGACUUCCUGCGAGCUUACGUAAGUCCUCACCAAACAGAUUGGAACGAAUUCCUCGCGCUGGCCGAGUUAGCGUACAAUUCCCGCGUCCACGACAGCAUCGGAAUGGCUCCAUUUGUCGCUGAUUUGGGGUAUUUACCGCGCUCGGUCAGUGAAUUAGCAGUCCCACCUCGCGACAGACCUCGGUCUGCAUCCCGAUUCGUUGACACGCGGCAGACUAUCCUAACGGAGUGCCAAGACGCGUUGGAACAAGCGCAACAGAGGAUGAAGUUCUAUUACGAUCGCAACCGGCCAACUAUCUCAUUUCAAGUCGGCGAUGAAGUUCUUCUCGACACCUCCAACUUGGCUCUUCACCACGUCGGUAAUGAUGGAAAGAGGUCACUGGCUCCGAAGUACAUCGGGCCAUACCCUGUUGUCAAGAUUACAACACCCGACGCAUACCAGAUCGGGCUUCCACCAGGGCUCAAAUUGCACGACGAGUUUCACGUAUCUCGCCUACGACGCUACACGCCGGACGACUCUGCUACUCGUGACAACCGAGUUCCAGUAUUGAUUACACGCGACGGCAGCCUCGGAUUACAGGUCAAACAGAUUCUUAAGCAUCGAGUUCGUCGCAGUGUCGACGAAUACUAUAUUCGUUGGUAUGGCAGUGCUAACAAAGACUCAUGGGAACCUGCAGAAUCGCUUGUCCAAGUCAGCGGGCUCAUCGAUGCAUUCCACGAUCGCGAAAAGCCAUCACGGCCCAGGACUCGCUCUCAAGCGGCUCACACCACCACUACGCCGCUUUCCUAAAGGAGGGAGUGUGACAGUACACCAUGGAUUCCACGACUUCUUUGGCUGCUUUCUGAUUUAGCGUCGCAUGG